GCUGGGCCCCUCGGCACAUCCAGCUUCUCAGAGGACUGGCCGGAGAUUUAUCAGCCUGGAGGACUGGAGGCAUGGAUUCCUUGGGGUAGCCCGGAUGCCUCUGCCCUUCUGCCCCAGCCAUCUCAUGCCUCAGCACCCGGGGGCAGUGAACAGGUCCCUGGCCGGAACCCAAACAUGUGGGGCCUGGUGAGGCUCCUCUUGGCCUGGCUGGGUGGCUGGGGCUGCAUGGGGCGCCUGGCAGCCCCAGUCCGGGCCUGGGCAGGAUCCCGAGGGACCCCAGGACCUGCACUGCUGCGGACCCGGAGGAGCUGGGUGUGGAACCAGUUCUUCGUCAUUGAGGAAUAUGCCGGCCCAGAACCUGUCCUGAUUGGCAAGCUGCACUCGGACGUGGACCGGGGUGAGGGGCGCACCAAAUACCUGCUGACCGGGGAGGGGGCAGGCACCGUAUUUGUGAUUGACGAAGCCACAGGCAAUAUCCAUGUCACCAAGAGCCUGGAUCGGGAGGAGAAGGCACAGUAUGUGCUACUGGCCCAAGCUGUAGACCGAGCCUCCAACCGUCCCCUGGAGCCCCCAUCAGAAUUUAUCAUCAAAGUGCAAGACAUCAAUGACAACCCACCCAUCUUUCCCCUGGGGCCCUACCAUGCCACAGUGCCCGAGAUGUCCAAUGUCGGGACAUCAGUGAUCCAGGUGACUGCUCACGACGCCGAUGACCCCAGCUAUGGAAAUAGCGCCAAGCUGGUGUACACUGUGCUGGACGGACUGCCUUUCUUUUCUGUGGACCCCCAGACUGGAGUGGUGCGAACUGCCAUCCCCAACAUGGACCGGGAGACUCAGGAGGAGUUCUUGGUGGUGAUUCAGGCCAAGGACAUGGGCGGCCACAUGGGGGGGCUGUCGGGCAGCACGACAGUGACCGUCACCCUCAGCGAUGUCAAUGACAACCCCCCCAAGUUUCCUCAGAGCCUGUAUCAGUUCUCCGUGGUGGAGACGGCUGGGCCGGGCACCCUGGUGGGCCGACUUCGGGCUCAGGACCCGGACCUGGGGGACAACGCCCUCAUGGCCUACAGCAUCCUUGACGGGGAGGGCUCCGAGACCUUCAGCAUCAACACAGACUCCCAGGGCCGUGACGGGCUCCUCACUGUCCGCAAGCCCCUAGACUUCGAGACCCGUCGUUCCUACUCCUUCCGUGUGGAGGCCACCAACACACUCAUCGACCCGGCAUACCUGCGGCGAGGGCCCUUCAAGGACGUGGCCUCGGUGCGUGUGGCUGUGCAGGAUGCCCCCGAGCCACCUGCCUUCACUCAGGCUGCCUACCACCUGGCAGUGCCCGAGAACAAGGCCCCUGGGACCCUGGUGGGCCAGGUCUCAGCUGCUGACCUGGACUCCCCGGCCAGUCCAAUUAGAUACUCCAUCCUACCCCACUCGGACCCAGAGCGCUGCUUCUCCAUCGAGCCUGAGGACGGCACCAUCCGCACGGCGGUGCCCCUGGACCGUGAGACUCGUGUCUGGCACAACCUCACAGUGCUGGCCACAGAGCUCGACAGCUCUGCACAGGCCUCCCGCGUGCAAGUGGCCAUCCAGACCCUGGAUGAGAAUGACAAUGCUCCCCAGCUGACUGAGCCCUAUGACACCUUUGUGUGUGAUUCUGCAGCCCCCGGCCAGCUGAUUCAGGUCAUCCGGGCCCUGGACAAAGAUGAAGUUGGCAACAGUAGUCGAGUCUCCCUUCAAGGCCCCCUGGGCCCCGAUGCCAACUUCACUGUGCGGGACAACCGAGAUGGCUCUGCCAGCCUGCUGCUGCCCUCCCGCCCUGCUCCACCUCGCCAGGCCCCCUACCUGGUUCCCAUUGAGCUGUGGGACUGGGGGCAGCCGGCCCUGAGCAGCACGGCCACGGUGACUGUCAGCGUGUGCCGCUGCCGGCCUGACGGCUCCGUGGCAUCCUGCCGGCCAGAGGCUCAGCUCUCACCCGCUGGGCUCAGCACCGGGGCCCUGCUUGCCAUUGUCACCUGUGUGGGCACCCUGCUUGCGCUGGUGGUGCUCUUCGUGGCCCUGCGGCGCCAUAAGCAGGAAGCCCUCAUGGUGCUGGAGGAGGAGGACGUCCGUGAGAACAUCAUCACCUACGACGACGAGGGCGGCGGCGAAGAAGACACCGAGGCCUUUGACAUCAGCGCCCUGCAGAACCCUGACGGGGCGGCCCCUCCUGCCGCCGCCUCCUGCGGAUCCCUCAGCUCUCUGGGGUCCGGCAGCGAGGCCGGGGGUGUCCCUGGCCCCGCAGAGCCCUGGGACGACUGGGGGCCCCUCUUCCGCACCCUGGCCGAGCUGUAUGGGGCCAAGGAGCCCCCGGCCCCCUGAGAGCUGGCCCUGGUCCCGCCCCCCGCAGUGGGGCAGCCUGAACAGGCCCUCUGAGUGAGCCCCCGGGGUCCAGGCAGGCGGCAGCAGCCCAGGGCCCCAGGCCUCAUCCUGUCCCUGUGUACCCCCAACUUCCCCAGGGCACCCUCCUCCUCCCUCUCCUCCUGGGUCGUCUGUGUCUCUCCAGGAAUCUGUGUGUAACACUCUCCCUGUCCAGGUCAGGGACCGACUCCGCAUCUCUGUUCUCUCACUGUGAUUUCACUUUUUCUGUGGCUCUGUUUUUGUCUCCCUGAUUCUAAAUCUCUCACAUGCUCUAUCUUCCUGGCCUACACAUGCUCUGUGUCUGUCUCCUGCCCACAUCUGCCCACAUUCUCUCUGGGUCCCUGUGACUGGCUUUUCGGUUUUCUCUGUUAACCAUUCCAAAGCAAGAGAAACUUCCAGCCACUGCUGCCCACCCUCCUGCAGGGGAUGUUCAGCCCCAGACCUGCCCGCAUGGUUCCAUCCAUCACUCAUGGCCUCAUCCUGGCUCCAUGGCCUCCAGCAAAGAGAGGGAGCCAGCCCACCUCCCAGGACCAGAGCUCCAGCCCCCCACAUGGCCGCCUCCCUGGAGCUCUGCCUACCUGUCAGCCUGCCCUGGGCACCCAAGCCCUGGGCAUUGACGUGUGUGCUUCCCAAGCCCCAGGGGAAGGGGAGGGGAGAGAAGCGGGAGGCAUCUGGGG